UCAAGUCAACGGAAUUGCGGGCCACAUCGCCAAAUCACACUCGUUUUAAAUGGCCUGACGGUGAUUUUCUAGGAAGAGGGUGAUAUGGGGACACGACGUCGAUCCAAAUGAAUUUCCGGCAUGCAACCCUCGCCCAGCAAUGGGGUCGAUACCUCUUCUCUGGGCUCCGUGCCCGUCCCGCGAUUCGCGCUUCAUCGACCGCCUCGCGGAGACUAGAUCUGUUGGCAGUGGACAGAAAAUGGAAAGACAAAUGGCGGAGUGAUCCUACAUCUGAAUUGGUGAAUAACCAUGGCAAGGAAAAGGCAUAUGUCCUCUCAAUGUUCCCGUAUCCAUCGGGCGCAUUGCAUAUGGGCCAUGUGCGGGUUUACACCAUAUCCGACGUAUUGGCUCGGUUCAAGCAUAUGAAAGGAUAUGAUGUGCUACAUCCUAUGGGGUGGGAUGCGUUUGGGCUUCCAGCGGAAAAUGCGGCAAUCGAGCGGGGAAUUGAUCCGGCGCGGUGGACCAUGCAGAAUAUCGCCAAUAUGAAGGAACAGCUGAGGGCGAUUGGGGCACGAUUUGACUGGGAUAGGGAAUUGAUGACAUGUUCGCCUGAAUUCUAUAAACAUACGCAGCGCAUAUUCCUUAUGUUAUAUGAAAAAGGGCUGGCGUAUCAAGCAAAGGCGUUAGUCAAUUACGAUCCAGUUGACAAAACAGUUUUAGCAAAUGAGCAGGUUGACGCGAAUGGAUGCUCAUGGAGAUCUGGAGCGAAAGUGGAAAAGGUCGAGCUCAAGCAAUGGUUUUUCCGCAUUACAGCUUUCAAGGAAGCAUUACUGAAGGACCUUGAUUCACUGGCGGCUGGUUGGCCUGAGCGGGUAUUGUCGAUGCAAAGGCACUGGCUGGGAAAGUCUUUUGGAGCACAAAUAAAAUUUCUCGUUUCUGCCCCCGAUGAUAAUUACGAUAUUCAGGUAUUCACAACUCGACCAGACACCCUUCAUGGGGUUCAGUAUCUUGCGUUGUCAAUGACUCAUCCUUUGGUGGUGAAAAUCGCAAGCUCCGACCCUGAGCUGAAAUCCUUUCUCGAUUCCGCAGUAUCUCUCCCACCAGAUACAAAAGCGGGUUAUCGCUUGCCGGGCGUCUUGGCUGUCAACCCCCUUAGCUCGGUUGAGGCAAAUCCUUCGCUACAGGCUUCAAUUCCGGUUUACGUUGCUCCGUAUGUUUUAGGGGAGUACGGCGACGGCGCGGUCAUGGGUGUACCCGGCCAUGAUUCUCGAGAUUUUGCAUUUUGGAACGAAAACUCAGAAUCCCAGCCGGUGUCUUUUGUUGUUAAGCAAAAGCCAUCACAACCAAGUGAACCAGCAGAAUUACCAGAGGCGCAACUGAAGCCAUUUACCGGCCAUGGUAUUUUAGCUGAUACCUGCGGGUCUUACAGUGGCAUGUCAUCUGAAGAGGGUGGUAGAAAAAUAGUCGAAGACUUGAAAAGUCAAGGCAAUUUUGCAGACGUCGCAGAAAGUUGGCGGCUUAGGGACUGGUUAGUCAGUCGGCAGCGGUACUGGGGAGCCCCUAUCCCUAUUAUCCAUUGCCAUUCAUGUGGCCCAGUUCCCAUUCCGAAAGAUCAGCUCCCUGUUGAACUACCAGUCAUUGAAGGUGCAGGCUUGAGAGGUAGUCACGGAAAUCCACUUGAGUCAGCUGAAGAAUGGCUUCACACUUAUUGCCCUAGCUGCGGUAAGGCUGCUAAAAGGGAUACUGACACAAUGGACACGUUUGUCGACUCUUCAUGGUACUUCCUGCGAUUCCUUGACCCGGCGAACCCAACAGAACCAUUUUCCCCAUCCCAUGCCCAUCCCGUCGAUAUUUAUAUCGGAGGCAUUGAGCACGCAAUCUUGCACCUACUAUACGCGCGGUUUAUAUAUAAAUUUCUAGCUACUUCCGAAUUGUUUCCCAAGGAGUUGCCAGGCCCCGCGGGGGUUACAGAACCUUUCCUGAAGUUGCUAUCACAGGGAAUGGUUCAUGGCAAGACAUACUCUGACCCCUCUACAGGCCGCUUCCUCCGGCCAUCGGAGGUUGACAUAUCCAAUCCCGACGCUCCGCUGAUCAAGAGCACUCAGACCACCCCAAAUGUAUCUUUUGAAAAGAUGUCGAAAAGCAAAUAUAAUGGGGUGGACCCGACCACUUGCAUCGAUACCUAUGGUUCUGACGCAGUCCGCGCACAUAUUCUAUUUUCUGCCCCUGUCAGCGAAGUUCUUGAGUGGGACGAAUCUAAAAUCGUUGGCAUGGAACGGUGGUUCAACCGCCUGUGGCGCGUUGUAUUAGAUUCCCGCAUUUCAUUGGAAGGCCAUUCGUUUCUGAGCGCUGAAUCUUUCAAGUCCCUGAAUGACAUCAGACUACCGGACUUAAGUAAGAUAUCCGACGAUGAAUCCGCGAUCCUACUUGUAGCGCACGAUGCGAUUACAUCAGUUUCCCAGUGUCUCGAUGGGAUGCCCUACGGUCUAAACACGGUGAUAUCGAACCUGACCAAAUUUACAAAUUCCCUGGCGUCAUCGCCACUACCAACCACGGCAUCAUCGCCAACCUCACAAACUAUCCUCUACACAGCGCUAUCUUCUCUCCUCCGACUUCUAGCCCCUAUAACCCCAGCACUCGCCUCUGAAUGCUGGGAACACCUCCAUAGCUCAAACCCAAACACCUCCACUACGCCUUCAUCCGCCAAAACAGUCCCGUCGAUUUUUUCUUCACCUUGGCCUGCUCCACUCCUCUCGCCACCCGAGGUUCAAGCACUUCGCGCUCGCGGCGGCAAAACCGUCGCAGUGCAAGUAAAUGGAAAACUUCGCUUCAGCACAACUAUACCUGCUCCACCUGGCAGUGACUCUGCGUCGAAAAAGGUUUCUUCGGAUGAAGAAAAGGCCUGGAUUCUGUCACAUCUUCUGGAAACAGACGAAGGAAAAUUGUGGCUGAAGGAGAGGAAUGAUUGGGAUAAGAGGAAACGAGUUAUUGUCGUUGGUGGUGGGAGAGUUAUCAACGUGGUGUUCUGAUCGGGCUGUUUGAGCUGAUUUUGCCUUUACGAUGGCUUUGCUAUCUCUUCACUGUGGACAGGAAACUAACUGGCUCCACCCCGAGGAGGGUCUGCCUUUUUAUUUUUUAUUUUUUUUAUUUUUUUUAUUUUAUUUUUAUUUUUUCAAUAUUUUCUUGGAGACCACAGAGCGGCAGGUUUGGAUAAUGCCCCAUGACUAUAUUGUUGUGUAAGGAGUAUUCGUGUAUAAUAUAUUAUGACUUGUUGGGGGUGGAAACCAACCCAUCAUUCCCUAGUCCCCUCGGCUUUUUUUUUUCUCUCCCAUCUCAUGUAUAACUACGUAUAUAGAUAUAGAAUCAUUUAUUCCAUGUGAACUUUUCUCUCUCGUUCAUUUUAUUUUAUACGAAUACUGUUCGAACGAAUAUAUCUGUCCGGACGCGGAGAGCUUACCAGCGCGCAUGGUUUCAUAUCAAUAAGGCGAUUUCAAAAGCCUCGAUGUGUAUGGUUUCGUUCUACGUAUCAAUAGCUCGAGUUUUUAUUGUUCCCCACUUUCCCACCCGCUGUGUAGUGUCCGUGUUCAGACGCCUGAUAGGACGGUACUUGUAUUCAGCCUACAGUUACCUAUAUGUAACCAGGAAAAUGAAUUGAGUUUAGAGUACAACAAUGAACUGCAC